CGCCUAGCCAUUAUUUUAACAUCUGUUUACAUUUUUUUUCAAAGGAUUUGUUGUUGUUGUAAGUAAUAGAUUUGAUCUUGCCGUUGAGCUGUGCCACCAUGUUAGUGCCCAUCUUCACCCUUAAACUGAACCAUAAAAUUAACCCUCGCAUGGUUGCCAUUGGAAAAUAUGAUGGGAUACACCCAUGCCUCACAGCCGCCACGCAAGCAGGGAAGGUUUUUAUCCAUAACCCUCACACUCGAGGCCAGAGGCCAGCAGCCCACCGGCUGAGUCAGAGUACCCAGGACAACGAUAUCUCACUCCUCAAUAUCAACCAGGCAGUGAGCUGUCUGACGGCUGGUACUCUGGGGCCCAACACCACAGGACACACGCUGCUCGUUGGCUCUCAAACCAACCUGUUGGCCUAUGACGUUCAUGACAACACUGACAUCUUCUACAAGGAGGUGACUGAUGGGGCCAAUGCUAUUGUUCUGGGAAAACUAGGAGAUAUCCAGUCCCCCCUCGCCAUCAUUGGAGGAAAUUGUGCUCUGCAAGGUUUUGACUUUGAGGGAAAUGACCGGUUCUGGACAGUCACUGGAGAUAAUGUGCGAUCACUUGUGCUUUGUGACUUCACUGCAGACGGCAAGAAUGAACUUCUCGUUGGCUCAGAGGACUUUGACAUCAGGGUGUUUAGAGAGGAUGAACUAGUGACUGAAAUGGCAGAAAAUGAGACAGUCACGUCGCUUUGUCACAUGCACGGCAGCAGGUUUGGUUAUGCUCUGGCCAAUGGUACAGUAGGAGUGUACGACCGCACUGCUCGCUACUGGAGGAUCAAGUCUAAAAAUCACGCUAUGAGUAUCCAUGCCUUUGAUCUUAAUGCUGAUGGUGUUGUUGAGCUCAUUACUGGGUGGUCCAAUGGAAAGAUUGAUGCUCGCAGUGAUCGCACUGGUGAGGUGAUCUUCAAGGAUAAUUUCUCAUCCUCUGUGGCUGGGGUUGUCGAGGGAGACUACCGCAUGGAUGGACAGAUCCAGCUUAUAUGCACCUCUGUGGAGGGAGAAGUACGUGGCUAUCUGCCUGCAAGUAAGGAGAUGAAGGGAAACUUAAUGGAUGCAAGUGUAGAACAAGACCUGAUCAGGGAGCUGAGCCAACGUAAACAGAACUUGAUACUGGAAUUACGAAACUACGAGGAAAAUGCUAAGGCUCUUCCUGGUGUUUCUGAGGGCGAAUCUAAGAUGGGAGUAAUUCCAGCCAACACGCAGCUCCAGACAGCCUUGUCUGUACGAAGAGCCACAGAGAGCCAGAGAGCACACAUAGAGCUCAACAUCUCCACUCCAAAUGAAACCAUCAUUAGAGCUGUGCUGAUAUUUGCUGAAGGGAUUUUUGAAGGCGAGAGUCAUGUGGUUCAUCCUAGCGCUCAAAAUCUCUCCGGCUGUGUCCGUGUCCCCAUCAUUCCUCCAAAAGACAUUCCAGUGGACCUUCACAUUAAAGCCUUUGUGGGAGGGAAGACCAGUACACAGUUCCACGUAUUUGAGAUCACACGUCAGCUGCCUCGCUUCUCCAUGUAUGACCUUAACGUUGACCCCUCAGCCGUACAACCCACAGGAAAAGUCACAUUCAGCAUCAAUGACAGACCACAGAGGGUGGUCAUGUGGCUAAACCAGAGCUUUCUGCUGCCUGAGGGCAUUGACAGUCCAGACAUCACAUUCACUGCACUACGUGGAGGAGGUCUACUGAAAAUCAACAUGCAGCCUAGUGGAGAGAUCACGCUGAGAACAGAUGACAUUGAUCUGGCAGGAGAUCUGGUCCAGUCUCUUGCCUCUUUUCUGGCUAUAGAAGACUUACAGGCUGAAGCUGACUUUCCUAUCUACUUCAAAGAGCUACGAGCCACUCUCACUGAGGUGGAUGAGUUUCACUCGGUGCACCAAAAGCUCACAGCAGCAAUGGCAGAUCAUUCCAACUACAUAAGAAAUAUGCUGGUUCAGGCAGAAGAUGCCAGACUCAUGGGUGAUUGGAGAAACAUGAAGAAACGCUACAUUGAGCUGUACGACCUCAACAGAGAUCUGAUUAAUGAAUAUAAAAUCCGAUCUAAUAAUCACAACGCCCUCCUUGCCCGGCUAAAAUCAGUUAACCAGGCCAUCCAAAGGGCAGGGAGAUUGAGAGUGGGAAAACUCAAAACUCAGGUUAUCACUGCCUGUCGGGAUGCCAUCAAGAACAACAACAUCAAUGCUCUUUUCAAGAUCAUGAAAGCAGGGACUGCCUCGUCUUGAGGAAGAUCUGGUCCUAAAUGACCUUCAAGCACAAAAGUCUGGAAUAUCAGACCACAGAGACCUCAAAACUGGCUUGGAAAGUGCCCAGUAACCUGGUGGGAAAUGAAAAAGGGGAUGCAUGAGGGGAUAUAUCUGGAUUCCAGCCCUCACCUGGCAGCAGUUUUGUGUUAGAGGAAUAACUGGGUUGGUCUGUCAGUACUGUAAAGUCGUAGACAAAUUGAUAGCCAAAGAGACUGUAUUUUGUGUACCAAGGCAAUGUGUGUGUGGGUAAAACCAUUGCUAUUUUAUCUGUAUACA